UGUAAAGGCUGACUGGAUACUGAAUAGAGUCCCGUCUUAUUCCACUGGGAAGCAGCAACAGCCCAAAGGUGAAUGGAAACCAUUUUAAAAGGAAAGAAACUGUUCUAAUCUUUUACACAACAUUUUUUUUCUUGCCUUCGUGUGUUCACCUCUCCUGACCCAGUGUCACACUCUCCUCUCAGUAGGAUGAUGUGGCGUAUGCGCCGUCGCUCCAGGACAAUCUGUCUGUCCUUGGCCUUCAUCACCAUUUUCCUCCACCUCUUCCUGGCACUUGUCUCUCUUUCCAUUAACCACCAGCCCUGUGACCCCCCGCUGCCACCCAAGACACACAUCCUGAGAGACCUGGCACGCACCAACUACACCUCUGUGGGGAUCGGUGGUCUAGCUGAGCCACCAACUGAUACCAAACAAAGAGAUUCUUCCAGUAUAGAUGCCAGUAAGGAUGUCAAAGGUCACGUGCGAACGACUCCUGCUUCAAUCAACACAGCAGCCAGUGAGGACCAUUAUGACGCCAAUAGAGCUGAGGCUUUGGAGUCUGGUUUGUUGAAACUGGAGGCGCUGUUUGAUCACCCUCUUUACAAUAUGCCCAGCCCUCCUGUCCCUGAAGAAGACUGGCUGCUGAAAGUGAAACCAAAGGUCAAGGCUGGUGAGAAGAGCUCUCAGAUGUGGGUGAGUGCUAGCCAGGAAGCCUACGAGGACGUCCAGUGGACCAGCAGCAGCAACACUCAUCCUCCCUGGCUGCGCUUCCACCUGGGCAUCUCCCGCUGGCAGCUCUACCCCCACCGUGACCCCAACAUGGAGGCUCUGACCCAGCAGCUCGCCACUCAGCGCAUCGUCAGUGCAGUGCAGAAGUCUGGGGGGACGCAACUGAAGCUGGUGAUGUCAUUUCCCAACUAUGGACAAGCUCUGUUCAAACCCAUGAAGCAGGAGAGAGAUGACGAAACCAACUACAACCUCUACUACUUCUCAGACUUUGAGAGACACAAUGCAGAAAUAGCAGCUUUUCACCUGGACAGGAUUUUGGGUUACAGGAGAGUCCCUCCCGUGGUUGGGAGGCUGGUGGACGUGGUCAAGGAGAUCAAAGACAUCACUACCGACCGCAAGCUGGCCCGAACAUUUUUUACCUCCCCUGUGGGAAAUUUAUGUUUCUAUGGCCAGUGCACCUACUACUGUUCAACUGAACACGCUCUGUGUGGUCGUCCCACGAACCUGGAGGCCUCCCUGGCUGUCAUGCUCCCAGACCUCUCCUUGGCCACCCGGAGGUCCUGGAGAUCCCCCUGGAGACGCUCCUACAGCCGCAGCAAACUGGCAAAGUGGGAGACAGAAUCAGACUACUGUUCAACGGUGAAAAAGACUCCACCGUACAACAAAGGCACAAGACUGGUGGACUUCAUAGAUAUGGUCAUACUGGACUUCUUGAUGAGUAACAUGGACAGGCACCACUAUGAGACUUUUGAGAAGUUUGCCAACAAUACUUUUAUGUUGCACCUCGACAACGGGAGAGCAUUUGGGCGUCACUCUAAAGACGAACCUUCUAUCUUAGCUCCUCUUGAACAGUGCUGCAGAAUCCGUCGCUCCACUUGGCUUCGCCUGCGUCUCUUGUCUCUGCCUCAGUAUCGUCUUAGCGAUGUCAUGCGGGCCUCGCUCUCCCAAGAUCCCCUUCACAGUGUAGCUCCACUGCUGUCGGAGCCCCACCUUGCUGCUCUCGAUCGGCGUUUGAAAACUGUGCUGGAGACUGUAAGUCGUUGCCAAAAGCAACAGAGCCAGGAUGGCGGUGGUGAUGAGGUCAUCUUUGAUGACAGUGCAUAUUUGAAAGACAUGGUCAGUCCUGCUGGGUAAAGCAACCUCAUACCUCCUUCACAUAUCUGUGUUUAUGAUCGCUCUAGCACAUGCAAAAUGGUGUCAGCAGUUAUAUUAAGAUCAUAGUUCAAGGAUAACUUGGAUUUUGGAACCUGAGCCUCAUGUUUUUGGGUGUAAAUGACUGAUAUUGCACUUUCCAAAUUUUUGGCUCUACAGCAUAAAUUCAUUCUAGCCACUGACAAUGACAACAUCCAAACAUCCUAAAAAAUGCACUUCAAAUCCAUAUAGCCAACUCACAUCACUUUAAAAGUUAUUAAGUUAUUAGUUGGAAGGGGAAAUUGGAGGAUUAAUCAGGUACUCAAUUAUAGACUCUUGCCACUAAUUUGAAAAGAUGAUGCAUUUAAAUGUGAUAAAAACACUGGCCUUGUACAGGUUAAAAUGUGCAUGUCUUCAGGUGUGAAGUAAGGGGAGGGCAUUACAUGUUUAAGACUAAAUACGCAGGUAAGUUUAACUGGUAAUGAACAGUUUUAUUUUAGUUUUGUCAUAUUUUUUAUGCAUUCUGUGACAACUGUAAUUUUCUUCAAUAUUAACUUUGAUUAUCUUUACCUGGACUGAUCUGUUUCAAAGCUGAAGUACAGACAAUGACGAUGAGAUUUUUUUCAGUAAAAUUUACAUUUUGGCCCAUCAUGUUAUUUAGCAAAUUUUAUCCUUGUAAAUAAUGCAAGAAGAAUAAGAAUACUAUCUACAGUAUACAUAUAACUUGGUAUUGUCUUAAUUUAUUUCCAGAUUGUUUUCUCCAUAGUUGAAGUACCUUUUGCACUGUGGUUCUUGAAUGUUUAAAUAAAUUGUUAUAGACCGUAUUAAUUGAAAAACUGUUGUGAUUAAAACAUCACAACAAAUUCUUAGGAGAAUAAUGAGAUAAUUCACAAACACAAACUGCUUGAUAAAAGCAAAUUAAGAUUGGA